AUGUCUUUUGUAGAAUAGAAAGUUAAAUAGUUAAGACCAUUAAGAACUCAAAGAACACAAUCAGAAUAUGAUUCUUAAUAAGUGAAACCAAGUCCAGAGUUAUGGAUAUAAAAUGUGUUAAAGGAUGAAGCAGAACACAGAAAUGUACUAAAAAGCUUUGGGAUUGACAAGGCUUCUUUGAAGACUGCUGGUGUAACAUAGGCUGAUAGAAUUUAUAAUAGUUUGUUCAUUUAUUCAUAGGGAGUAUACAAUUCAUUAGAAGAGUUGAUUGCAUAGAGUUUUGAUAAGAAAUCUAUAAUGGGAAAACUUUGGAAAGUAUUCUAACUAUUGACUGAGAAGUGUAGACCUUAAGUAAUAGAAAUAGAUUAAGCAUAAAGUUAAUAAAAGAUCACUCUUAACAUUAUGAAUGACUAAUUUUAAUCAUUGAUGCAACUUAAAGAGUAGGAUUUGAUUGAUCUAUAAAAUUAAAUAAAAAUGAGAGAUGAAACUAUACAUUUGCUUUAACAUAAACUAAAUUUAUAAAAAUCAGAACUUGUUCAAUAUGAUGAAUUAAUAUAAGAGAGAGAUAAAUUAUUUAGUUAGGAAACAAAAAAAAGGGUGAGUUUUGAAUCUAAAAUUAAUCAAAUCUAAUGUAUUUUCAAUUAAUAACUAUAACUUAACGAAUCAUUAAAAUUAAAGAUGUUAAAUGCUGAAUAAUAAAUACAUAAUUUAGAAUUAGAUUUGGAAUAAAAGAGACAAACAAUUUUAAAUUUUAGUGUUGAAAUUGGGGAAAAAGAUUAAAGAUUAGAUAAUCUUAAAUGUAGAACUUUUGAUUCUGAAUUAUAAGUAAAAUUAUUGAAGGAGAUGAAUUAAUAAUUAGAGUAUAAAUGUUAAGAAUAUGAAUAAAAGAAAUAGAAGGAUUAUUCUUUAAUAUAAUAAUUAAAUUAUUAAAAUUCUAUUAAUUAAUCUCAAUAUAACAAAUUAGAUACUCUUAAUAAAUAAUUAACAACUAAUUAUGAACAUUUAUAAUAAAGAUUCAAUGAAUAAAAUACUGAAAUCUAAAAUAAAACUUAAUUAAUUUUUGAAUAAUAAAAUAAAAUAACAAAUUAUGAAACAUAAAUAAUAUUAUUAAAUUAAGAAAAUGAAAGUUUAAAAAAUAAAUUAUAAGAAAUAACAAUAGGAUAUUAAGAAAUUAAUAAGAAUUAUAAAAAUUAAGAGAAUGAAAUAUCAUAAUUAAAAUAAAAAUUUUCAAUUUUAUCAACUGAAAAUGUUCAGAUAAUAAUUUAAAAAAAUUAAUUAACUAAAACAUAUGAGGAAUGUAUGAUUACAUAUUAAGAAUUAAAAAAAGAAUUUGAUUUUGAAUAAGAAUUAAAAUUUAAAAUAGAAUUUGAUUUAAAAAGAUAUUAAGAUUAAUUAAAAUAACUUGAAUAAGAAAAGAAACAAUAAAUGGAUUAAGUAAAGGAAAUGUAAAAGAAAUAAAUGUUUCAAAUAUAAUAGAAUGAUGAAAAGAAUAAAUUCUAAUAAAAUUAAAUAGUAAAAAAGGAUGAGACUAUAGAAGAGUUAAAAUGCAAUAUUAAAAUUUUAAAUACAAGUAAUACAACUCUUGAAGGUUAAGUAACAUCACUUACAUAAAAUCUAACUGAAUUAUAAAAUAAAUAUUCUUCAGAAAUUAUCAAAAGAUAAGAACUUGAAUAAUAAUUGAGAUUAUUAGGAUUAGAAAAUAAAAAUAAAUAAAUAGAAUAUAAAAAAAUGGAAGAAAAUCUUAUGUUACAUCAAAUCAAAUAUAGUUAAAUUAAAGAUUAUCCUGAUAUGUAUAAAGAAAUUAAUGAAUAAUAUGGAAUUAUGCAAUAAUUAGUUGAAUAAUUACAAAGAGAUAUUACAUUACUUAAAUAAACAAAAUAAUGUUAACAUGCAUCUAUAUAAACAAAUGAAUAGAUUUUUAGUAAUAUAGAAUCUUAAACAGAAAUAAUUACAUAAGAUUAAUCUUAAUAAUUCUGUGCUAAUUAAGAAGAUAUAUAAACUUAAACUAUAUCUAUCAAAUUUAAUACAAAAUAAAUUUAGACAGAUUUAAGUUAAGGUUUACCAACUGAAGAUAACUCAAGUUGUUAUGAUAAGAUCAUAGGCAAGAAAUAACAUUAAUUUACAUAAGUAGAUUUAAUAACUUAAACAGAAUUAUAAAUGGAUUCAUAAAAGUAUACUUUAGAAUAAGAUGUUUCAUCACAUCAUAGAUCUAUUUAAAAUUCAUAUAAUUUUGAAGAUAGUUAUCAAACAAGAUUAUAACCUUAAUAUGAAGAUUUAAUUUAUGACAAAUAAUAAAUGAAAUUGAUAAGAAAUGGUAAAGUAAAUUAAAAUAAUAAAAUUGAUGAAGAUCCUUCUCAAGAAUAAAAUAAAUCAUAUAUGAAAUCAAAAUAAAAAGAUAAAUUAAAUAAAGGAAUAGAAUUGCCUUAGAUAUAAAAUUUUGGAGAUAAAUCAUAAAUUGUACCAAAUUAAAAGACUCCUUCAGCAAGAUUUGCUAAAAUGUAUGUUCAGGCAUCUGAAUAUUACAAAAAAUGA